AUGGGGAGGCGGCGGCGGCGCCAGCCCGACCCGGCGGACGCGGCCCGGGCUCUGCCCGAGGCCAUCGCUGCGUUGAGCCGGACGCUGCCCGCCGCGCCCAGCCCCGAGAUCUUCCGCCGCGCCAAGUUUGACCGUCCAGAGGCGGCCCCCGCGCUCUGGCGGCUGCUCUUCCAUGUGCUCUCGCCGCUGUCCGCCGACAGCGCCUCGGUCUCGUUCACCCUGGAGGCUCAAGUCCGCUGGGUGAAGUCGGUGCUGCACUCCCAGGGCUACCCGAGGCGGGCGCUGGUGCAGCUCCAGGACGACGGCUCCCAGGGUGGCCGCGAGCUGCUGCUGGCCCUGGCCUGGCUCCUGGCCCGCGGGCCCCUGCCCGAGCGGCUGCUGACCCAGAGCCACGUGCGGCUGGGCGACGAGAUGCCCGUGUGUGAGUGUGAGGCCCUGGCCAGCCCUGGCCCGCCUGCUCCCCGUGUGGAAGCAGAAGGCUCUGUGGACGUCCGCCACCUGCAGUGGCUGAUGGGGAAGCUGCAGCUCCGGUGGCGAAACCUGAUGGCCGGUCAGCAGGAGCAGUGCGCCCUCCUGGGCAAGAUACACUCGUACACCCGUGGCUGCCACAGUGACCGCAGCCUUGGCCACCUGUCUGUCACCGAAACGGAGCUGCUCAGAGACCCUGAGGGCGGCCGGCAGCUGCUGCAGCGGCUGGAGACGGAGAAUGCGCGGCUGGAGGCAGCCCUGGAGUGGCGGCACCGGGAGCUGGUCUUCUGGCGGUGGAUGGACACAGUCCUGGACACCUGCCCCCUGGAGGCCUCACCGCCCACGUUUCUGCCUAGGAUCCCCGAGCCAGGGGCUGGAGCAGCAGGGCUGCCGGUGCGGGAGCUGCAGGCCUUGCAGGAGGAACUGCAGGCCUUGCAGGAGGAGCUGCGGAAGGCGGUGGAGGCCCGGCGGGCCGCCUGGCAGGCUGCGGUUGGCGGCCAUGGGCCCGAGUGGAGAGCCGCGAGGCGGGCCCUGCAGGUGGCCGUGGCGCAGGACCUGGCAGCCUUGCAGUGGGCCUGGGAGCAGGGCAAGGGCCAGGCCCGGCCCCACGGGCCCCGCCGGCUGGUGAGGACUGAGGCCAGGGUGCCUGGCAGGCUGGGCCUGUGGGCCACCGAGGCGACGGAGGCGCUCAGGGCCCGGGAGGCCUGCCUGGAGGCGAUGCUGCACCAGCUGCAGGGCCAGUGUCGGCAGGAGCUGGCCAGGCUGGUGGGAGUGCGGCCCGGCCUCAUCUGGGUCCCGCCGCCCGCACACUGA